AUGACAAGAAUUGAAACAAAUAUAAUAAUUAAUGCUGAUCCUCAAACAGUAAGAUCAGUAUUUUUACAAUAUCAGAAUUAUCCAAAGUGGAACCCACUUUUCACCAGUUUUACGAAAUAUACCAACAAGUCCGAUCCAAACUUGAAUAUAGGUGAUGAAUUACAAAUUGAUUUGAAAUUAAAAGGUACAAAUCAUACAAGUACAAUGUAUCCUGUUAUUUUAGAGAACAAUGAGAACGAAUUUACUUGGAGAGGUAAAUUGGUUAGCACCUGGUUAUUUGGCGGUACUCAUCUGUUUAAAUUUGAAAGACUUGAAGAAAACAAGACUGUGUUUGAACAAUCGGAAGAAUUCACUGGUAUAUUAGUGUUUUUAUUCUACAUUUUUGGAGUGUUUUCCAAAACAAAAGAAUCAUUUAUUAAUAUGAAUGAAUCAUUGAAAGAUUAUAUUGAAUCUAGUAAGUAUUAA